CGCAGCAAACGUGUUUCGUUUUCAAGUAGCAGCGGUUUAGUCUGCAGAAACAACGAUCGCGACUGUUUGGGUUUUGAGUGCGCUUUGGUUUGGCUUCGGAUUGGCGGAAAAUUAACUGUUCGAUCGGACUCGCGUGUGCAUUUUUUCUUUUACAAAUAAUUUAUAACGUGUUUUACACAAAGGAAAAAUAUAUGUACCUACACAAAAAAGGAAAUGCGAUUCAUACGCUCAACGAACAAUAAGUAGAGAUACAUUUUUCACAGCCAACGAAGCGACAUACCGAAACUUUAGCUCGAAUCGAUAUAAUCACCUGAACUAGUAGACACCGCCGAGCCACAAUGGACGACGGUGCAAAAAGUGAAAAAUUUAAUGGACACAAGAUGGAGAUAGCGCACCAUGAUCCCAAUGAAAUUGUCGAAGCAGAGCCACUCUCUUGGAAAUUUUGGAAGAAACGUCGCUAUGUUGUCGUACUGCUAGCAUUCCUUGGAUUCUUUAACGUUUACUCGUUGCGCGUCAACCUCAGUGUAGCCAUUGUUGCUAUGACAGAGAAUCGCACUGUCAUCGAUGAUGCUGGUAAUGUCUCAUAUGAACAAGACUUUCCAUGGGACUCGAAGCAAAAAGGUCUCAUUUUGAGCUCGUUCUUCUAUGGUUACAUAACGACACAGUUUAUUGGCGGUUUUAUUGGCGCUAAAAUUGGUGGUAACAUUGUUUUCGGCUUGGGCAUCGGCACAACUGCUCUUCUAACUCUACUUACACCGCUGGCGGCUAAACACAGUCUUGAAAUGUUCCUCGCUGUGCGCAUCAUAGAAGGUGUUUUUGAGGGUGUCACAUUCCCCUGCAUACACGCUGUCUGGGCACGCUGGUCUCCACCUCUUGAACGUUCACGAAUGGCAUCCAUUGCCUUUGCCGGAAACUACGCUGGUACCGUUGUGGCGAUGCCCUCAUCGGGUUUACUAGCUUCGGCUUACGGCUGGGAGAGUGUCUUCUAUGUGUUUGGUGCCAUUGGUUUGGUGUGGUUUAUUGUAUGGAUGUUGAUGGUGCGUUCGGGUCCUGAUCGCGAUCGUUUCUGUUCGGACGAUGAACGUGAAUACAUACAGAGGAAGAUUGGUUAUAAUGGAAGUCAGAAUAUUAAACAUCCUUGGCGAGCGAUAUUUACAUCUAAACCAUUUUAUGCAAUCGUGGCGUCACAUUUCUCAGAAAACUGGGGUUUCUAUACGCUGCUGACGCAAUUGCCAACAUUUUUGAAAGAUACAUUGAACUUUAAUUUGGACAAGACUGGUUUUCUAUCUGCUGUCCCAUAUCUUGCCAUGGGUAUUCUGCUCGGUAUCUCAGGUUAUUUGGCUGACUGGUUGCAGGUGAAGAAAAUAUUGACCACAACACAGGUUCGUCGCUACUUCAAUUGCGGCGCUUUCCUCGCACAAACUACCUUCAUGAUUCUGACUGCUUAUUUGUUGGAUCCAGCGUGGUCGGUGGUUUGCAUUACUAUCGCCGUUGGAUUGGGUGCCUUCGCGUGGUCUGGUUUUGCCGUCAACCACCUUGAUGUAGCGCCCCAACAUGCCAGCGUUUUAAUGGGCAUUGGCAACACAUUUGCCACGAUCCCCGGUAUCGUCAGUCCCAUGCUGACUGGUUACUUAGUUACGAAUCAAACUUCUGACGAGUGGCAAGCGGUGUUCUUCAUUUCUGCUGGCAUAUAUCUUAUCGGCUGUCUCAUCUAUUGGUUCUGGGCAUCUGGUGAGCUGCAAGAGUGGGCCAAAUCGCCAGAGCAAAAGGCCGCUGAAGCCGAGCAGAGACAAAGCGCAUUAACGGUAAAUGGCGCCGCAAAGGAAGGCUAUGUCAACGCUGCCGCCGAUCUGAAAGAACAGUGAAGUGAUGAAAUUAGUCUGAGAACGGGGCUUACAGGGGAAAUAAGCAUAGAGUUGUAUGUAAAUAUAAAUGUACAUAUAUUCAUACAAAUUCAUGAGGAAAAGUUGUGAUACAAUGCAUUGACAGCGUGAAAGUGCUUAACGAACAUUUCCUAAUAAUUUUUCGUGAUGAGUUAACAUUUAGAAAAAAGUUAUUGUAGUUUUACUGUUAGUUAAGUACAAUGUUUACAUACAUAGGUGAACAAUUAAAAU